UAAACUUGAAAUAAUCAAGCGACGAUUAACUCUACAGAUGAAGCUGUUUGGAUUGAAAGAAAUUCUCUUUUUAAUAAUAUCUCUUCAAUUUUGUAAUACAAAUGCCUGGUUUUUCUCGCGUAGUCAAAAUAAUGAAGAAGUUGAUGCCGCGCCUGAAUCUGUUAAAAAUAAACCCACUCAAUUUGAAUUAAAAACAGUAGAUGAAGGUUUUUUAGCGGAAGCAAAAUUCGCUGAAAAAUUAUCACCUUUAGAUCUGUGCCAUCAUCAGGUUGUCGCUAGUCUAAGAAGUUCAUGCUCUGGAUUAUCAGAAGAGAGUCUUGGAAAGUUCGCUGUCAGAUUAUACAACUGUCAAGCGGAAACGGAGGAGAGACAAACUUUCGAAUGUACUGAUGAUAUGUCUUUAGCCGAUUGUACAAGGAGUAUGGAACCAACAACAUGGAAUGCCUAUCAAAUUGUCUCGAAUCGAGCUAGAGCUAUCUGCUACGCGACGCGUCAGCAACAAUUUAGACUAAAAACUGAAUAUACUGUUAAUAAUUUACUAAGUACAGCGCAAGGACAAAUGGAGGCAAUGAAAAUGCUUAAAGAAGGUCAAUCAAAUUUAGCCCAGCAAACACAAGAUACUCUAAGUAACAUGAAACAAAAUCAAAAAUCUCUUAUUGAACAACAUCUUGCAAUAAAAAAUGCCCAAAGUAGCGUUCAUCACCAAUUGGCGUCAAAUUUAAAAGAUUUAACAAGGGAAAAAGCUUUAAUCGCCAAUGGUAAUAAACAACUUAUGGAGCUAACUGGUAGUUUAAAUGAUAAAUUAGAUUCUUUCGUAAAAGAACUUCUUACCACUGAGGACAAGCAUAAAGAUAAUCAAAAGGAUAUUAUAAAAGCUUUAGCUGAAAUAAGAGUUCAGGCAGGUGAUGUCUGGAAGAGAUUUGAUGAUGAUAGUCAACGUUUAUUGAAAAUGAAUGAACAGAAUACAGAAUAUUUCGAGGAAACUUUGGAAAAGCUGCAAAAAAUAAAUGAUUCCGUUACCUUUGUAUUAAAUACUAUGUCUUCUUUUCUUAGUAAUAUGGAUUCGAAGUUAGGAUGGAUUGCUCAAUUUAUUGGUUUUACGGGCUCGAAAAUGGACCUUCUUAACAUUUCUGUUAUUCAUUGCUUAUAUUUUUUUGCUUUUUCGGCCAUUGCCUCUAUUUUAAAGUUGCCAUUGAUUGUUAAAUUCCUAAUAUGGAUAUUAGCCCCAACUAAUGCCUAUUUGACAUUAAACGAGAAGAGUGGAUUAGAAUCAUUCUCCAUGGGCACUGUAUUUAUAACUUUAAUUACAAUAUCUCUAGUUAUUCAAUUUCUUGUGAAAAUUUGUCGAGCAAAAAGAAGACGCAAGAAAGAUAAUUCUACAAAAGACGUAAAAGAGAUUGAACAUGAAGUUGAUGACAUUUCUAAAUUAAAUGAUUUACUGCAAAAGAUGAAUCCAAAGGAUUUAGAACCUAUUUUAAGAAAAUACAGCUAUGUUAGCUCGUCGGCAGAUGAGCAACCGUGUGAUCCACCAAAUACACCUGCAACACCAAGUAGACUUUCAAUGGCAAGGCGGGCAUCUUUAAAUUCUCCGAAGACGCCAACGACGCCUUUAUCACCAAGAGAUGUUAUAAGCCGCUAUUCCUUGGCUAAUUCUGCUAGAAAUCUGAAUAAUAGCGUCUAUAACGGUGUUCCAGGAUCGCCUUUAGCAGAUAUUUCGAUUGUUGCUAACAGAGGACGAACGCCAACUAGACCUGUCUGCAUAGGCCGCACAGCAGCAAAACAGCCGUGUAAAAAAACGAGCGCAAAAGGGUCAGAAUAUUGUGUUCUACAUAUGUCCCAAGCUAAUAUAAAAUCUCCGCCAAAAUCUAACAUAGUCGCCACAGGAGAUUUUAAGGAGAACCUGAUAAGGAGACGUUCAUCGCGGAGUGUAUCUGUUUUUACAGAACCAGACGACUCCGACAAUGAAAAUUCUAAUUAA